AUGAUCCCUACGUGUAUGUUAUUUUUUAACGUAGGUUUUACAUUUAUAUCAUUUACGUUCGCCAACGAAUACGAGGACGAGGAAAAAAUGUACAUGUUGGUAUCGCCUGAUCAACACUCAAGAACUCCUCGCCUUGAAGAUUUUUUCUGGACGGGGUCUGGAGAUGGGCCGCCGCCUCCGGACUUAUCUUCGCCAGUGGCUACUCCAAGUACUCCCAUCGUGCGAACUACGACUGUGCUCGCCACUGUGUAUUUGGACUCGUAUCCACCCCAGGCAGUGACAGAUAAAACAAGUGGUGAAUGUGUUCUUAACUGUGAUGUUACUCCAGAUAGCUUAGAACCUGAGAUUCCUGAAGACAGGCGGUACUGGCUUCUUACAGUGAUACAGGGUUCAACGCCUGAUAGUCUGCAGUUGAGACUGGCUAGAUUAUAUCAAAAGGCUUUUCUAAGACAGCAGGAAAGGCAUCUUGGUAUCAUUAAGUCAUUAGAUGCCCCAACGUCAAGAAAGAAGCACGAAGUACAUUCUUUCGUUAUAAAUAAAGACAAUAACUUUAACCAAGUAAAUCCUCACACUGCCCAAUCACCUCAAAAAUUUUACAAUGUCCAAAGUUCUAUGAUAAGUUUAGACGAUUUGUCAGUUAACACGCUAAUAGCUAAGGUUUCUAACGAAACAGCACUUCUGGACGAGUCAAAUAAGAGUGAUCAUUUAAAUUAUGUAGAAAUGAUAUCUGUUAAUGAUAUAAAUAGAAAGACAAAAGAGUUUUCAAUUGAAGCAACUGAAGUAAAUGAUAAGCCAUCUUGGAUACUAGUAAUGCCGACUGCUGUAGUUCGAAAACGUAGCAUAGAAGACAUGCAAGGUAUAAAUAAAGAAGAUAUAAUCGAUUUACCGUUGGAAACGGAGGAAGAAGAUUUAAGUAAUGGAACUGUGCUUUUUAAAAGAGAAAUUAUAAAGCCUGAACAACAACCACCAGUACAAGUGCAUAUACAAAAUAUCACUGAGUCAACAGAAGGUAGUAUCCAGAUAGUGUACGUAGUGUUAGUGGGGGGCCGUGCGGUGCCGGCGGCGGUCGCGGCGCGGGACAUGCGGCUAGUUCGGGACGCGGAGGUCGCGAAGGAGCUCGGGGCGGUUGUGACUACUAAAGCUGAGCCAGCGUAUCUCAAAGCGGCGGAAGGGCUAGAAGGCGUCAGUACCGCGACUGUGCAAGGCGUGGAGCUGUGGGCGCUGGCCAUAGGUUCUACCAUCGCUGUACUAUUGCUAUUAGUACUUCUUGUCCUCCUUUGUUUGGCACAUCGAAAGAAAUCCAUAAAAUCAGCGGCAUCGCUCCGAGCAUACAGGAAUGAGCUAAUACGUGAAGCGGAGCGCAACCAAAUGAAGCAAAUCAACGACGACAAGGAUGCUAAGCUAGUUAGCGUGGUGUCCCCCAGUAGGACGAGACCGAGUAGUGUGCUGUUGCCUAUAUACAGGGCUGGGAGUGCCUCUAGUUCGUCAACAUCAUCGUCAGGAAUAUCUGAGGUAGCAGCGGCACUAAGAAAACGUCAGAAGAAACCCCACGCUCUUAGGAUGCCGCAGAAAAAACGAGUGGGCACCACCGACAGCCUGCUGGAGGCGGCGGGCGUGGGCAGCGACAGCGCGUCGGCGCCGCCCACGCCCACCUCCUACCUCUCCAUGCCCUCCGUCAAUGCUUUCCCGAGGGGCGUAGCGGUGGAGCCGCUGUCGCGUAUCCUGGAGCCGGUGUCGGUGCGGCACCUGGACGCGGAGUCGCCGCGCCUGGCGCGCCGCGCCAGCGCCGCGCGCGACCCCGGCGUGCUGGGCCCGCGCGCCUGGCGCCUGCGCCCCAGCCCGGCAGCGGAGAUGCCGGCGCGGCGGCGGGCGCGCUUCGAGGAGUUGGUGGACGACGCCUUCACGCUGUUCGGCUCCGGCAGCCGCGCCUCCACGCCGCAGCAACACGGCGACACUGAGAGUGUGAAGAUAGCGCAGGCGCGCAACGCCGACGUGCGCGUGCGCGGCCGCUCCGCCGGCGCCGGCGGACGAGACGCACCCGCCGCCGCCGCGCGCCCGCGCACCGCCGCGCCCGCGCCCGCGUGGCCGGCGCCGCCCGCGCCGCCACACUCCCUGUCCCUUGUGUCCGUGAGCCCGGCGCCGGCGGCGGCGGAGGCGGAGGCGCGGCGGCGCGCGGGGGACGCCGCACUGCCCCUCAUAUCCGCCAUCAAAACUGAAAUACAACGCGUCAGGGACAACGCUAAACCUAAA